AGGAACUGAUCCAGUUUAAACCGGUUUAAAGUGAAAGUGAAAUCUUCAGCAGCUUCUGUUUAGAUGAGAGAAGAAGGUGAAGAGCGUUUGGAUAAAAAGCACAGAGGAUUAAAUGUAAAAAAGGUCUAAGAUGAGCUCCAAAAUGAGCAUCUCUGGGGAACAGGACACACAGGAAGCUGAGAGGUGAGGACCUAAUCCAGAUCAAACUGGCUGAAAUCUUCAUCUGUUCAGCAGCGUCUGUUUAGCUGAGAGAAGAUCAUGAAGAACUUUGGAUAAGAGGCACAGAGGAUUAGGUUUAAUCUGAAGGAGGAAGAUGAGCUCCAAAAUGAGUGUCUCUGGGGAACAGGACACACAGGAAGCUGAGAGUGAGAUUCAACGAGAGGGGGCAGACUCUUCUGAAUCCAGCGACGAUUCAUUGGGCCAUCCACCAAAUUUCAGAAAAGAGGGCUCUACUCCUAAACUGAGAGUCCAGCAGAAAACAUCAGACAAUACAAGAAAUAUAUAUAAGGAACUAGAGCGCAAAGUCAUCUCCAUGGUAAAGAAGCAGCUGAAGAAGUUUGUGAAGAUCCUGAAGAGUCCAGAUAACCCAGCAUUCUCUGAGAAGAAAGAGAAGAAUGAGGAGGACCAAAAUGGGGUCACAGAGGGAACACUAAAAAUAACACUGCAAGCCCUAAAGAAUAUGGACAAGACAAACCUUGCUGACACUCUGCAGACCAAACUGGCUCCGUUUUGUACUAAAAAACUGAGGGAAAAGUUUCAGAAAAUUAAUGAAGAAAUCUCAGAUCCUGGAACCUCAACCCUUCUGAAUGAGAUCUACACAGAUCUGUACAUCACAGAGGGAGGGAGUGGAGAGGUCAAUAAUGAACAUGAGGUCAGACAGAUUGAAGCAGCAUCCAGGAGACCAGCAACACAGGAGACACCCAUCAAAUGUAACAACCUCUUUAAAGACCAGUCCAUCAGAACUGUGCUGACUAAAGGAGUUGCUGGAAUUGGAAAAACAGUCUCUGUGCAGAAGUUCAUUCUGGACUGGGCUAAAGGAAAAGCCAAUCAGGAUGUUCUCUUCAUAUUUCCACUUCCUUUUAGAGAGCUGAAUCUGAUGAAAACUGAAAAACUCAGUCUGGUGGAUCUUCUUUAUCAGUUUUUUAAAGAAACAAAGGAUUUAAAGAAGAAAGAUUAUUAUGAACACAAAGUCAUGUUCAUCUUUGAUGGUCUGGAUGAAUGUCGGCUUCCUCUAGAUUUCCAGAACAAUAAGAGAGUAUCUGAUGUAACACAGUCAGCCUCAGUGGAUGUGCUGCUGACAAACCUCAUCCAGGGGAACCUGCUUCCCUCUGCUCUCCUAUGGAUAACUACUCGACCAGCAGCAGCCAAUCAGAUUCCUCCUGACUGUAUUGAUCAGGUAACAGAGGUACGAGGGUUCAGUGACCCUCAGAAAGAGGAAUACUUCAGGAAAAGGAUCAGAGAUCAGAGCCUUGCUGAAAGAAUCAUUACACACAUGAAGUCCUCCAGAAGCCUCUACAUCAUGUGCCACAUCCCAGUCUUCUGCUGGAUCUCAGCCACUGUUCUAGAGAGGAUGUUGGGUGAAGCAGAGGGAGGAGAGAUCCCCAAGACUCUGACUCAAAUGUUCACACACUUCCUUAUCUUUCAGAUCAAACACUGCAGCCAGAAGUACCAAAGAGAAAGUGAUGUUGAUCUUGACCAGACUAGAGAGAUUAUUCUGGCUCUGGGAAAACUGGCUUUCCAACAGCUGGAGAAAGGAAACCUGAUCUUCUAUGAGGAAGAUCUGAGAGAGUGCAGCAUUGAUGUCAGAGAAGUGUCCGUGUACUCAGGAGUGUGCACCCAAGUCUUCAGACAGGAAACUGAACUUCACCUGGGGAAGGUUUUCAGCUUUGUGCAUCUGAGUGUUCAGGAGUUUCUGGCUGCUUUAUAUGCGUUUCUGUCCUUCAUCUCCAACAACAGCGAUGUGCUGCAACACCAACACAGUGGAUUUGGUUUCUCCAAAAAAGGAACAAUGUCUGAUUUCCUGAAGAGAGCCGUGGACAAGGCCUUACAGAGUUAGAAUGGACACCUGGACCUUUUCCUCCGAUUCCUUCUGGGUCUCUCACUGGAGUCCAAUCAGACUCUCUUACGAGGUCUUCUGAUACAGACAGAGAACAUCUCUCACAGUAAAAAGGAAGUAGUGGAGUACAUCAAGCAGAAGAUCAGGGAGAAUCACUCUCCAGAGAAAACUAUCAGUCUGUUCCACUGUCUGAAUGAACUGAAUGAUCAUUCUCUAGUGCAGGAAGUCCAGAAAUACCUGAACAGAGGAGAUUCCAGUGAUCUGAGUGGAGUUUAUCUUUCUCCUGAUCAGUGGUCAGCUGUGGCGUUUGUGAUGCUGAAUUCAGAAGAGGAGCUGG